AUGACCGACAGCUCGCCUCCGCCCGGCGACAACGAUGACCACCAUGAUGUGACUCCGGCGGAGUCAAGCUCCAAGCCAGCACCCGAAGGCAGCAGCGGUGCGGUAGAGGCAAGCGCUUCAAGCCCACCUAGAGAUGCCGCGGCUGAAGAUCACCCCGCAGUCACCGGUGGGAAGUCGAGCGGAGACGAGAAUAGCAACAACGCCGACGAGGAACACGAAGAACGCGAGGACGACGAUGAGGACGAUGAGGAGGACGACGAUGAAGAUGAUGGCGAUGACGAUGACGCGGAGGACGAGGAUGCGGGAGAUAAUGACGAGGAAGAUGACGAUGAAGAAGAAGAAGACGACGAACCGAAGCUCAAGUAUGCGCGCCUCACACCGCAUCUCGGGCCCCUUUAUAGAAAUGGAGAUGCGACAAGCUCGUUCCUUGUAGCUGGAGACAAGAUGGUUGUUGGAACACAUAAUGGCAACAUCCAUGUCGUUCAAUUGCCAGCCUUCCAGUCGCUCCGUGUCUACCACGCCCACGCCGCAUCCGUCACAUCCAUAUCUAUCUCUCCGUUCCCCCCUCCGCUCCCAACCGUGGGGGCUGAACUCGCUUCCCAAUCCUCUCCCAACAGCCCCCUGCGACCAGGGACGGGCGUCGCAGACGCGCAGACCGCCCCGGCAGCAGCAUCUAGAAGACCAAGAGACCCACAACCAGUUCCAAAUAUACCUUCCAACAGCAUCUACGUUGCGACAUCGUCGAUGGAUGGCAAUAUCUGCGUGCAGUCUCUAAUUGAGCCCAAGGAUGUGUCGCUCCGAAACUUUGCGCGCCCCGUUCAAGCGGUGGCCCUCUCCCCCGAGUUUAAGAGCGAUAGGAUGUACCUGUCUGGUGGGCUUGCGGGGCAGCUCAUCCUGACUUCAGGUGCCCCGACCGGCCGAAGUACGGCUACCACGACGGGUGCCACUGCUCAAGCUGCGGGCUGGCUAGGCAACAUGGUCGGAGCCGGAACCGGCAAGGACACUGUGCUACAUUCGGGUGAAGGCACGAUCAACACGAUCAAGUGGUCCUUGUCUGGGAAAUAUGUGGUUUGGCUCAACGAACAUGGGAUCAAAAUCAUGCGCACCAAGCUGCACCUUGAAAACGCCGAUGCUGAGGAUGCUUGGAAGCGCAUCGGUCAUAUUGACCGACCCCAAACGGAGGAAUGGGAGACUAUGGCCAGCGUAUGGAAGGGCAGGGUUGAGUGGAUUGAUGAACAGGCCGUAGAAUCCGACGAGGCAACCCCGACAUCCCCGGAUUCUGCGCGCAGGGAUGUUGUUGUUUCACCAGCAGCUGAAAGUUUGAGGCAACAACAUCUAAAAACAACUAAGAAAUACGAGCGACUCCUUGUUGGAUGGGGUGGUACAAUCUGGAUCAUCCAUGUCCACCCCGGGGAAAUUGGGACUGGCAGGAACGUCGGCGAGAAGUCUGCUGGCCGAGCAGAAAUUGUAAAGAUACUUCGCAUGGACUGUAUUAUUUCCGGCAUUUCGUUAUAUACCCACAAUCUGCUGUUGGUUCUUGCUUACUGCUUACCGGACGACGAGGAAGGGGAUCGGGACGGAGAAAAUCAGCAAACGAGGAGCCACACCCGGUCGCUAUCCGGAACCUCCACGGGGAGCGGGCCAUCCGGCGGAAUUCAGCGCAAACAGAACAACCAACCCCCGGAACUGCGGCUCAUCGAUUUGUCGUCGCAAGCUGAGGUGGACAAGGACGGGCUGACCAUCAGCCGCUUCGAAAGGUUAUCAUCCAACGAUUAUCACCUCGGCAUCCUGCCGGCGCGUAACGUGGCUGCGGCGGUCUCGUCUCGAGGCACUCUGGAGACACUUGCGGGGCUUGGUAACGACGUUCUGAACGCUGCGUUGAAUCCUUUGUCGUUAUUCAGCUCUGCUGUAAGUGUCGUGAGCAGAGGGAGCGAUGGCGGGUCUGGAAACAACGUGCCGGCUUCCGGAAUUCGGGUCGGCCGCACCUCGGUUCACCCACAUCUCGUCAAACCGGGGGUGAAGAUUUUCAUACACAGCCCAUACGACUGUAUUCUUGCAACACGCCGAGACUUGAUUGACCACCUGACAUGGCUUCUGGAGCAUAAUCAAUACCAGGACGCAUGGCAACUCGUGGAUGAGCACCCGGAAAUCACGUCGGGUCCUCCCGAUGGUUCCCCGAACCCGCCAUCGCAGACACAGGGCACCGAUGACUUUUAUGACGAUUCAGCAUCGGUGGCGGAAGGAAUUCGGUCUCUGUACUCGUCUGCGGAGAAGGAGAAGCGGCGCAUCGGUGAACUUUGGAUACAAGAGGUCAUCGAGACGGGAGAUUGGACGAAAGCGGGCGAAAUAUGCGGAAAGGUCCUGAGCACUCCUGAUCGCUGGGAAAACUGGGUGUGGACCUUUGCCGGGGCCGACAAGUUCGACGAAAUUGUGAACCAUAUUCCCGCGGAACGCACACGGCCACCGAUGCCAGGGACGAUUUACGAAGUGAUGCUUGGGCGCUACCUCCAGACCAACAAACCGACCUUUGGUCGAUUGCUCGAGCGAUGGUCCCCAGAUCUGUACAAUGUCAGCACCAUUACGACCGCUUUAGAAGAUCAGCUCAAAUUCCGGGAUGUCCGCGAGGACAGUAUUGAGGACGGCGAGGUUGGCCGGGACUGGCGGAUUGUCAUGGAGAGUCUAGCCAAGCUUCACGAAGCGAACGGCAGAACCAGAGAGGCUCUCCGGUGCCAUAUCAAGUUGCAAGAUGCCGACUCGGCCAUGCGCUUGAUCAAGGAGGGCCACCUUGCCGAUGCUGUAGCGGAUGAUAUUCCAAGCUUUAUCGGUCUGCGGGUCCCACAGCAUCAGGCCAAGAAAAUGAGCCGUUUGGAGUUGGAAGAGGCCACCGAAGAACCCAUCACACUGUUGGUGGAUGAAGCUCAGCAUGGGUUGGUCAAACCCGAGGUUGUCGUCGGCCAGUUGCAGGAGAAGAAGCUGGAUCUGUACACGUUCUUCUAUCUGCGCGGCCUUUGGCGAGGAGAAGGAAUUCAUGAACACUCGGACGAGUCUCGCGCUAGGCUAGUCACGGAUAGCAAGUCGUUGGUUGACCAGUUUGCCGAUCUCGCUGUCCAUCUCUUUGCUGUCCACGACCAAUCUCUCUUGAUGGACUUUCUAAAAACCUCCACGGCUUACGCAUUCGAAAAGGCCGCCCAAGAAUGUGAAACCCAUAACUACGUCCCAGAACUUGUCUACCUGUAUUCCAAAACCGGCCAGACCAAGCGAGCCCUCUACCUCAUCAUCGACCGACUCGGAGACGUCAGCCACGCCAUCGCCUUCGCCAAGGACCAAGACGACCCGGAUCUCUGGGAGGACCUGCUCACCUACAGCAUGGAUAAGCCCCGCUUCAUUCGCGCCUUGUUGGAGGAGGUCGGGACCGCCAUCAACCCAAUCACGCUCGUCCGCCGGAUCCCUGAAGGCCUGGAGAUCGAGGGACUGCGGGAGGGGUUGAAGCACAUCAUGAAGGAGCACGAAAUCCAGUUCAGCAUUUGUGAAGGUGUGGCACGGGUUUUACGCAGCGAAGUAGCGGCGGCGCAGGGGACGUUAAGGAUGGGCCAGCGGAAAGGUAUCAAGUUCGAAGUGGCUCCGGCCCAACCUGCCGCAGCAGAUGGUGCACACCCGCCACAGGCACAACCUGGGGAUGCAGCCCAUGCCAACGGGAACGGUCAUGCAGUAGUACCAGCCGGCUUGAUAUCACCACGUACACACAACCCUGCCAAGAAAUGGGCACCGGGCCUCUGCGCGGAAUGUCUCGAGCCCUUCGAUGAGUGGGAACUCGAGACGCUGGUCGGGUUCACGUGUGGGCACGUCUUUCACCUCGCGCACCUGCUUGGUGAUCAGGCAAAUGAGAUGUUGCUCAAGGGAUUCGGUGGCGGUGAUCCGCGAAGUGUGUCGGCGACACAUUUGAUCGGAGCGAAGGUCACGCAUGCACGGUUGUUGAGGGAUCGGAUUGCGGGGGGGUGUCCUGUGUGCGCGGCGGCGAAGAAGGAGGAGGAGUGGUGA